AUAAUCAUGACUCAAUUACUCAUGACCAGUGCAACUCCAGCACCUAUAAAUAUCAGUGAAAAUUACUUGAAAUCUUGUUAGUCAAUUUUCAGAUCGAGAACAGUCAACAAGUGCAAGUGAAAAAAUAAAUAAAUAAAAAUGUUUGUGUUUCAGUCACUGUUGACGUUUUUACUCACGACUUUAGUGUUUUAUGUGAUCAAAUUUCGAUGGAGUCGACGAAGGCUUUAUGAAUUAGCUGCAAAGCUUCCUGGUGACAAUGGAGUUCCGUUGCUUGGAAUUUUACAUAAAUUAGCAAUAGCAAAGCGGGAAGAUUAUAUGGACAUUGUGUUGAGUUAUAUUAGGAAUGACACACCGAUCACUAGAGUUUGGUUGGGUCCAUUCUUAGUUGUAGCCACAAAAGCACCAGAAGUGAUGCAUGCUGUGUUUAAUUCACCACAGUGUUAUGACAAGCCAUCCAUAUUUUAUGGAUCAUUGUUCUUUACUGAAGGAUUGAUUCCUUUAAGUGGAAAGACUCACGAAAGACAUCGCAAAAUAUUCAACAAAGCUUUUACGCCUAAGAGGCUACAGGAACUAUAUGGAAUUAUUAAGGAUCGUGCAGAAGUUUGUGUGAAAAAGUUAGAACCAAGAGUGAAUCAAGAAGAAUUUGACGUCUAUUAUUAUAUCGGAGCUUGCUCACUUGAAUCCUUUGGUGCAGCAAAUUUGAACUUUCAUGAUGAUCUUUAUGGUCAUGAGAUGCUGCCAUAUGCUGAUGCGGGAUUCGCUAUUGGAAUGAAGAGGAUUCAACAGCCGUGGCUUAACAAUGAAUUCAUCUUCAGGAAUUCAAAGAUAUCCAAAGAAUUUGACUACAUGAUGGUCCUGGUACAAGAAUAUGUCAGCAAAGUUGUAAACUACAACAAUCAGCUUACAAUUGAGACAAAUGGAGCUAACAAGGUCGACAAAGUCAUUGACUUACUGUUAGAUCCUAAACAUGACUUUACAGAUCAGGAAAUUUUGGAUGAAAUGAUUGUCUUUGCGUUGACUUCCUUCGACUCAACAGCCAAAACCCUCUCAUCAGGCCUUCUUAUGCUUGCUAUGCAUCAAGACAUCCAACAGAAGCUUAUCAAUGAAAUUGAUUCAAUUUGUGGAACUGAAAAGGAACUGACAUUUGACAAUGACUUCCUACAAAGAUUCACAUACUUGGAUUUGAUUGUUAAGGAAACAAUUCGAUUAUUUCCAGCAGGUCCAAUUGUUGCGAGAGAAACGAGCGAUGAAAUUGACAUUUGUGGCUAUAAAAUCCCAAAAAAGACCAUCAUGGUCAUGUCAAUAUUUGCAAUGCAGAGGGAUCCAAAAUAUUGGGGAGAUGAUGCUCAUUUGUACAGACCAGAAAGGUUUGAGAAUUUGGAGAAUCCACAGGCUUAUUUGCCAUUCACUGGAGGGAAACGGAUGUGCAUUGGCUACAGAUACGCGAUGAUUGUCAUGAAGACCUUCCUUAUAAAUUUCUUCAGAAAUUACAAAAUUGAUACAACAUUAAAAUAUGAGGACUUAAAGCUAGAAAUGUCAUUAGUCCUGACAAUAUUGAACAGAUACAUGAUUAGUAUUAAGAAGAGAUGA